GUGAAAUUUGUAAAUUCAUACUGAAAUAAACUAUUGUAAAUAAAAGCUAUAAAUUUACGUUCAGUUGUUCCUUUGAAGAAAAAGAAGAUAUAUGGAUAUAUAUUAGGAACAGGGAUAUUGGAGAGUUCUACAAAACACGACAGUGUCAAUUCAUAAGUCGAAUCAAGUUGGCCCUACAUAUUACAGACAGCACUACAUACCAGUUGCCACUACAAAGAAGUCGCCACUACACAUAAGUUUCCACUACAUUCAAGUUACCACUUCACUCUACAUCUCAGGGUAAUGCCAGCCCCGAAAGAAUAUACUCCACCUUGGAAGUUUCCGAAAUCUGAAUACCAAAAGAAAUUUGAAAAACGCAGCUGCCUGCAGAGUGAAAUAGCCUUUCCACAGAAACCGUGCGAGGCAGACAGAUACAAUAACCCACACCCACACACGACCAAAGAAUUCAGUGACGGUGUCACCAUGAGAAGUUACAUGGACCCAGAAAAUAUGCGUGCUGACGUCGAGAGCUAUGUUCAGAAAAUGUCAUCGGAGUAUGGCUUCCAGCCCUCAGUUGAGUCACAUGUUCAAGGUUACGGCACAAAGACCUACAAACCUCAAAACGAAAUGCUGGAAUCGUAUGUCAAACCUGCUAUGAGACUGAUUAAACAAAAUAGAUCAGGAAGAACGCAAAAUGAUACAUAUCAAUAUGAUCGUCCAAAGACUGCCGGGGCGAGAACGAGGCCAAUUACCAGGGACCAACCUACACUCCCUAAAGAAACAGCAUGGGGUUACGACACGAGUCCUGACGAAGAUCAAGAUCAUUGGAUUAGUUGGAAAACCGGCACACCGAAUCGAGACCUAGGUAAAUCGGUCCCCGUCAUACGACCACCUACACCACAAGGAAGUGGAUACCCAAGUUACAACCCUGGUUACAACACACACAAGUCCAAUACCGCAUAUACAAGCAGUUACCAUAAACCUCCAAGUCCGACGUACGGGACAUCCGCGGUUGACAUCAGCGCCAAAAGAUGGCCGCAGGAUUAUGCAGACGAUGUAGCCAAUGAACCAAUUAGAACGGGGUAUACACCGGAACCAACCUCUCCAAUUCCUCACGCUGAUGUGUCGUCAUAUGACACUUGUCACCAUGCUCCAAUUAUUGAUACAACAACAAAUCCGGCGACAAAAGAUUUUAACGUAACAUAUGAGCCAAAUCUACGAGCGUGGCUUAACAACGUCCAAGACACAGACAAAGAAAUCGUUUAUAGCUAUCUAAAAACCUUAAACAAUGGCAAGUCUGUGUCUCCGAUCAAAUCAACCACCCCUGCACGUCCGUACUCGGCGUCGCCAACGCGCGAUGUAAGUGUGACGCCGAUCAGGAGACGCCAAGUGCAAUCCGCAAGAAUGAUACGACCAAGACCCCCUGUUCAAGUUUACACAGAACACGAUGAUAGAUGUAACCCUUGUGAGGAUCAUAUUGUGAAAACCUGGGCAAAACAAAUGGCAAAUAGUCAGCCAGCCAUCAACAUCCCAGCAGCUGGGUACACCAACUACCAGACUAGACCUACUGCCAGACACCAGCCGAGGAAGAAACAGCCAAAAGCAUACGCACACGAAAACAGUUUCUUUACUAAUGCACAAGCUCCACCUAAAGGCCACUUUACCAUAGCACCGGAUUGGGUCUCAGAAAGCGUAGGGACACAGAAAAACUUAAAGAUGAUGCGGGUCAGCAAAAACGGUUUAAAAUAUGGAGUGAAAUACCACUGAGGACAUUUACUUUAAAAACUAUGUACAAGGUGGCUCAAUAAAAGCGUUUUGUAGAAUGAAAAUUCUUUAAACGUUUUAUGGCCCAUCCAUCUGCUUUGUAGACGCCUUAUUGGAGAUUUAUAGAAAAUAUAUGCUUUGAAAGAUAAGAUAUAUUAUAAAAUCAGAUAAGGACUUGCAAAAGUUAUUCUACUUGUUUACACUACUAGAUUUCGAUAACAAAAUCAGGAAUGGUGAAAAACUGCAUGAUU